AUGUCGAAGCGUGCAGCUUCUGAGCCUGCGGAGGAACGCCCGCCGAAACUGUCGAAGGAAGAAUAUGAGGAAGUAAAGGAGGACUUCAGACGAAACGUCCUACAGCACUCGCUCGACAGGCUCGGCCUUGACACCUCAUCGACCUUCCGCGACCUGAUUUCGACGAUACCGCUCUCUGUUCGCCCUGGGGCGGUCAUGGGAGUCUCACCCACGGACUCGCAGACGAAUAAUCACGAACUUGCGAAGCUCUUCACGUCCUUACCUGGGCAGCCACUCGCGCCUUUCGCCCCAAGGCGUCUCCAUGUCCUCAGCAACCACGAACGCUUAGUCACUGAGAGCGCCUACGCUUUCCUUGGCGCCCGCUUACUGCCGGGUACCCUCGACACUCCUCUGUGGGACCUUGCCGAGCAGGAAGGGCGAGCUUCAAAGUGCUUGGACAGCUUGAUCUCCUACCUCAACAUGCAUGCGCCUAAGCGAAAAUCGAGGACGACUGCGACUAAGGGCAAAAAGGCGCAGACGGGCGAGAGGUCGCUGCGAGAAAUCCCGGCGGAAUGGUGGCUGAUGGGUCAUUUCAACGAUCUCUUCUAUGCAAUCGGCGAGUGCCUCUCCGCCCUCCAAACGCCUGCGUUUGCGCCAUUCACACUCGACACGACGAAACACCAGGACCGCGGACCGUGGUUCGAGGUCGACUUCUACAAUUUCCAGGGUGUAGAGUUGCAGCUCCUGGUCAAGUUGAUGGAGGCGGGGUCGAAUGGGUUGGAGUCUGUCUGA